CCUUUUCGGAAGAGGUAUACCAUACAUACAGCGUCGUGCAUAUGCCAUUUCUCUGACUGCCACACGUCAAUGAGUUUAUUUGUAAAUCUCUUCCCUCUUUCUCUCUCCUCCGACUUCGCCCAGUUCCCUCGUCGUCUCUGGACCUCCGGCGAUCUCCGCUCCUCCUCCUCGUCCUCGUUUGUCCAAUCUCGCGCGCAAACCCUAAUUCCGAAAUCGAUCUGUUUCGAUCUCUGUGUGCAGAUCAAGAACCUUUGGUGAGGGGGGAGGGUUAGCGGGAUCAUUCGGGGGAUCUGGGCGGAGAAGCCCAUGAGGCGGAGUCCUGGUGAUGAGGGUUGGAUACUACUGUAGCGACCCACUGCCGCAACACCGCUCCUUUCUUCUGGAUGGCGGCCUCGCGGCUCGCUGUUGGGCGGGACUUGGAGAGCGCGUUGGCCGCCGCCGCCACAGACGAGGACUCUCCCACCACUAAGAAGCCGGCUGGCGCCAGGGUCGACGCGAGGUUCCCGCUCUCCCGGUGGGAGGCGGCGGCGGCCGCGUCCAUUUUCUUCGUCUUUGCCUUUGGGAUCUUCUGCAUCUACCUCACUAUGCCGCAGGAGGAGUAUGAUAAGAUCCUCCGUUUGCCGCACAACCUCUCAGAUCUUCGCGUCCUCAAGGAUAACCUUGCUGUGUACGCAAGAGAUUACCAAAUAAAAUUUAUACUAGGAUAUUGUUCGAUAUACAUCUUUAUGCAGACAUUUAUGAUUCCUGGAACCAUAUUCAUGUCCUUACUUGCCGGAGCUCUUUAUGGGGUUGUCAGAGGUGUUCUUUUGGUUGUCUUUACUGCCACAGCUGGAGCUUCAUCAUGUUAUUUUCUCUCUAAGUUGAUAGGAAGGCCUUUGGUUGGUUGGCUGUGGCCUGAAAAGUUGAGAUUUUUCCAGUCAGAGGUAGCAAAGAGGAAAGAAAAGCUGCUCAAUUACCUGCUUUUCUUGAGAAUAACUCCAUCCUUGCCAAACACAUUCAUUAAUGUGGCUUCUCCAAUUGUUGACAUACCAUUUCAUGUUUUUUUUGCUGCGACACUAGUUGGUCUUAUUCCUGCCUCAUACAUCACUGUUAGGGCUGGUCUAGCCUUAGGAGAUCUGAAAUCCGUCAGAGACUUAUAUGACUUCAAGACAUUGGUGGUUCUGUUCCUUAUUGGAUCCAUCUCCAUAUUCCCAACAAUCCUUAAGAGGAAGCGUACCUACGAGUGAGAACUAAUAAUGCAGCUUCUUUCUUUCUCUCCGUUCCUUAGAAUCUCAAAAGAAGUGGAGCGGCGAAAGGGGUAGCGCAGAACUUUGCAGCUGCUCAUCUGUUGUCUGGGAUGAAAGAGUUAAUUUGGGGUGGAUUUUACCGCUGUAAUUUGUUUUGUUGUAUGAAAGUUGAAAAUAACUGGACUUUGAUGUGUUCGAUUGAUGAUAGGUGGAGGUACAAGCUUUAUUCUUUUCUUUUUUUUGUCUUUUGGGUCCAGAAUGUCAUUUAUUUUUGUUUAGCUGUGUUAUGAUUGUAUGAUAACAAGCCCAAUUUA